AUGGCUCGCAGCCAGGGCGGCCGGGCACUAGCACAAGGCAGUGGAAGGCACAUGGUCGCCCAGCGCCAAGGAAUGGGGUGGCGGCCACGGUCUCACGCAGCUGCCAGCGCCAACCCGACGGGGGAAAGGUCUAGACCGCGGCUGCCCUUUUUGGCCUGGAAUCCUGCCCUUGGGGCGCGAUUUCCAGACACGCAGCACACAGUCAGACAAGACAGCCAGGGAGACAACAACCAGACAGCGGAACACAGAGCAGGAAGGCAGCCGCAGAAAAAAACUCCGCCCACGUGCAAGACAAGGACAGCCCAGGACAGCAACAAGCACCGCGCGUGCAUCUCACCCAAGCAGCUAAUGGUUUCCACCUUUGCAGGUGGUACCCUCUCGUCCGCCGCCGCGGUUGCCAAGAAUGCCCCCAUGAAUCGCACUCAGACAGCGCAAACUGCCGCGGAGCUUUUUGAUCAAACGUGGGCAGCCGUCUCCACCGCCAUGGAGAACCCGCCCCUCGUCCCCUGA